AUGGCGACUCUAUCCUUUCCUGUGAGCGUGGGGGCGAUGAGGUUACAGCACCGCGUCGUCCUUGCGCCGAUGACAAGAUACCGAGCAGAUGCCAACAACGUCCCGCUCCAUUUUGUCAAGGAGUACUGCGCCCAGCGAGCCGCCGUACCCGGCACUCUGCUCAUCACCGAAGGCACCUUCAUAUCGCCGCGAGCUGGCGGCUUCAAGCAUGUUCCCGGAAUCUAUACGGCGGCUCAAGUAAAGGCAUGGAGAGAUGUGACCGACGCCGUACACGCUGCGGGCAGUUUUGUAUUUUGCCAACUUUGGGGGCUAGGGCGCGCAGCGAACCCCGAGGCUCUGCAAGACUCAGGGAACCGGCUACUAUCUGCAAGUAACAUACGGAUGUCAGAUAAUGCUCCCGAGCCAGAGGCAAUGGCUGAGGGGGACAUCUUUGGGUUCAUACAGGAUUACGUUGCCGCAGCCAUGAAUGCCAUGAAGGCCGGAUUUGAUGGCGUCGAAAUACACGGUGCGAAUGGCUACCUACCGGACCAAUUCACGCAGUCCAAUAGCAACAGCAGAGACGAUGCCUGGGGUGGAGACGUUGAGCGUCGUGCAAGAUUUGGGAUCGAAGUAGCACGUGCUGUCGCCGACGCCAUCGGGCCUGAGCGCAUUGAAUACCGCAUCAGUCCUUGGAGUCCUUUCCAAGGGAUGGGAAUGUCGGAUCCAAAGCCACAAUUCUCUUACCUGGCGAUGCGCCUCAGCGAGCUUGGUCUGGUAUACCUGCACGUUGUCGAACCUCGGAUUUCCGGUGCUGACACCAUCGAGGCAGCCGACGAGGAAGUGGAUUUCUUGGUGGACAUCUAG